CAAAUCCCGGUUCUUGAUUUCUACUCAAGUUCUAUCUCCGAAGCUUUUAAUUUCACUGCUCUCCACACCAUUAAAGCUCCAACCUUUUUUGCUCCCAAAUCAAGAAAACAGAAACCAGAUCGCAGUUGCUAGCUUUGAUCUCAGACAUGUCAAGUACAGAUUCCAGAAAAGUCUCGUGUGAAGAUAUACAAAUGGUGCAGAAUCGUAUAGAGCAGUGUCUUCGUUGCUACAUGAGUCGAGAAGAAGUGGUUAAUGCCCUCUUCAUUGGGGACAAUAUAGAACCUAACUUUACUCAGAUCGUUUGGCAAAAACUCGAAGAAGAAAACGAGGAAUUUUUCAAGGUAUAUUUCUUGAAGUUGAUGGUGAAAGAUCAGAUUUUGAAGUUCAAUCAGUUGCUUUCAAAGCAAGUGGCACUAAUGCAUCAGUUAGGACCGAAUGCCAUUUCGUCUUUGCCCGUUUCUAGUGGCCCUCGCAAUUCACCUACCAUUGGGUCGAACUCCAUUCGCCCGUGCAUGCAACCGGUAGCUAGUAAUGUGUCUUCUCGGAUCGGAAAGAUUGACGUUUAUCCGAGCGUAGUCUUACCUUCUCAAGCGGCAAACAUUAAUGGGAAUACGAUGAAUGUGGGGCCAAGAUAUGACCAUAUAUCACCUUUUGACUUUGUUGGGCAUGGGAACUUGUUUGAGUCUUGCGUAGGCGAUGCGUCUAUCUCGUCGUUUAGUAGUGCCGAGUCUAAUGCGCAACACCCAAACGAGGCUCUCGUGGAUGACUCGUCUUGGUUUCCUGGAAACUUCCAUUUGGCUCACCUCACACCGGACUUCAUUUACAACAAUCCAGAUUUACUAGAGAGCUACUCGGGGCCUCCUUUUCUUGCCAACGAUACAAGCAACUUGCACGAUUCAUAUGGCGCAGGGGACAUUGAAAGGUUCAACAAUUCAUCAGGCUUGACGCAUGAAGAGUUUUAGCCGUGACCGAUCUUAAGGUAGAAUAGGAAGGUAGAAACAUGUCUAUAUCCAGAAGGAAUUUGCGCAAGCGCUUGUGGGAUUGUGUGAUAAAUAAAAGGGUAUAUUGGUCCAUUGUAGGCUUACCUUAGAAAUUUGAUACAACCCUAGUAGAUUAAUGCACAAAUAAGUUUUUGUUUUAUUACGGUGCCGCGAAGCGGGUUCUUUUGACACCGGUCCUUAGUGUCACAAUACGACACUAAAUAGUUUGAGAGUCCUAUGUUGCUUCAUAGGGCUCGGAACCUGGUCCUACCCACCCUAGAAGCCCAAACCCCAAACCCUAACUUAUAUGUUGUAAUGGGGGACUGGGAUGGAAGCACGGGUGGGUUUGUAGGGUGUGUUAGGGGUAGGAUCGUGUCCCGAGUCCUACGGAGGACCGUAGGGCCACAAUAUCCUAUUGUAGCACCAGAUCUGGGUGUCAAAAAACCGUGGUCUACUAUUAUU